AUGGAAAUAGUUGAUGCUAACUUCCUCGGGAAUGGUACCAAUAUUACUGCUUUCCUGUGCGAUAUCAUCUUGGAAAAUGACACUUUUUUCUGUGUGGAUGAUCCACCUUACCCUUCUAAAGAUUUGCAUCAGAUAAUUCGGAUUUUGCUGUAUUGCUUGAUAUUUCUGCUCAGCAUUUUGGGGAACAUUCUGGUAAUUACAGUGCUGAUACGAAAUAAGCGGAUGAGAACAGUCACCAACACGUUUCUGCUGUCACUGGCAGUCAGCGACCUGAUGCUCUGCCUUUUCUGCAUGCCAUUCACCCUCAUUCCCAACCUGCUGAAAGAUUUCAUUUUUGGUAGCGCUAUUUGCAAAACUGCCACUUAUUUCAUGGGUGUCUCUGUAAGUGUAUCUACAUUCAACCUGGUUGCCAUAUCUUUGGAGAGAUACAGUGCCAUUUGCAAACCUCUGCAGUCCAGGGUCUGGCAGACAAAAUCUCAUGCCUUGAAAGUGAUUGCUGCUACCUGGUGUGUUUCCUUUACUAUCAUGUCACCAUACCCAAUUUACAGCAAACUGGUACCUUUUACCAAGUAUAACAACACCACAGCAAAUAUGUGUCGGCUCCUUUGGCCAAGUGAUGUCAUUCAGCAGUCUUGGUACACUUUCCUGCUACUCAUACUGUUUCUUAUACCUGGGAUUAUAAUGAUGGUUGCAUAUGGCCUAAUUUCUUUGGAACUCUAUAGAGGAAUACAAUUUGAUACCAGCCAGAGAAAAUCUUCACGAGAAAGAAAAAUAAGUACCUGCAACGGCAAAUACGAGGAUGGAGAUGGAUGCUACCUCAACAAAACCAAAAGAAAAAGGAAAAUGCCAUUGCAACAGCUCUCUGCUACUAGCCAUAGCAAAACAGACAGGGUGAGAAGCAGCAGCUCUUCUGCCAACUUAAUGGCCAAGAAACUCGUCAUCCGCAUGUUGAUGGUGAUAGUGAUUUUGUUUUUCCUUUGCUGGACUCCCAUCUUCAGCGUCAAUGCCUGGCGCGCAUUUGACACCACUUCGGCAGACCAACGUCUCUCAGGGGCUCCCAUCUCCUUCAUCCACUUGUUGUCCUACACUUCUGCCUGCGUGAACCCUAUCAUAUACUGCUUUAUGAACAAGCGUUUCCGCAUGGGUUUUCUAGCCACUUUCACCUGCUGUGCAAAGCAAAAGCCCCCUGCAAUACGGGGAGAGGUUGGGGAUGAAGAGGAGGGGAAGACAACAGGGGCUUCACUCUCCAAAUGUUCUUACACACACAUGAAUGCGUCUGCACCCCCCUCAGCUGCGUCAGAAGGGGCAACGAGCGGCCUACAGAAAUUCAAGUGUCUAUCAUCUGGUCUUGGAAAGUGA